UUUUUUUGCUCAAUUAAAAAAAUUUCGAUCUUUUUAAAGAAUGGAAGUAAAAUUCAGCAAAGAUUCGAUGUCAAAACGAGCAGAAUCUGAAAAAGAAAAAGACAAUGAUGAUAACGUGGAUAUUUUUUCCUCAUUGACCAAGGGCGACGAAGACGAGGCGUUUGAGGAAGAAGCAGCUUUCAUUUCUAAACAACUUCAAGCAAAGAAUAGGAAAAAGAAAAAAUCUGGCGGGUUUCAAUCAAUGGGAUUAAGUUAUCCAGUAUUUAAAGCAAUAUUGCAUAAGGGUUUUAAAGUUCCAACACCUAUUCAACGCAAGACAAUUCCACUUAUUAUGGAAGGGAAUGAUGUUGUAGCAAUGGCACGAACAGGAUCUGGAAAAACUGCAGCAUUUCUGAUACCGAUGUUAGAAAAGUUAAAAGGCCAUUCUGCUAAAGUAGGUGCGCGUGCAAUUAUAUUAUCACCAUCACGUGAACUAGCACUCCAGACACAAAAAGUUUGUAAAGAACUUGCUAAAUAUACCGAUCUGAGAUCUUGCUUAGUAGUUGGUGGUGAUAAUUUAGAAGAUCAAUUUGCGAUGAUUGCAGGAAAUCCCGAUAUUGUUAUCGCAACCCCAGGACGUCUACUUCAUUUGAUAAUUGAAAUGGACAUAGAACUCAAAAGUGUUGAAUAUAUCGUUUUUGAUGAAGCUGAUAGAUUAUUCGAACUGGGAUUUUCAGCCCAAUUGCAUGAAAUGUUGCAUAGAUUACCUCAAUCAAGACAGACUAUGCUUUUUUCUGCAACUUUGCCUCAGUCGCUUGUUGAAUUUGCAAAAGCUGGUUUACAAGAUCCAACUUUAGUAAGAUUGGACGUAGAUUCCAAGAUUAGCGCUGAUUUAGAGAUGGCCUUCUUUUCUGUAAAGCAAUUGGAAAAGGAAGCUGCUUUGUUAUAUAUUCUAAAAGAGAUUAUCAAAGUGCCACUCAAUUUAAAUCCCACGAGUGAUGAUGUCAAGUCGAAAUCGAAUAAAAAAAAGUCGAAAAAUACUUUUAAUGAAUUGCAUUCUCAUCAAACUAUAAUAUUUGUAUCGACAAAACACCAUGUUGAAUAUAUAACAAGUCUAUUGAAUAUAGCUGGAUAUCAAACUUCAUAUAUUUAUGGCUCACUUGAUCAGACAGCACGAAAAAUACAGAUAAAUAAUUUCCGAACCGGUCAAUCUAGUUUAUUAGUUGUUACAGAUGUUGCUGCUCGCGGUAUAGACAUUCCAAUAUUGGAGAAUGUAAUAAAUUAUGACUUUGUUUGUAGUAGUAAAAUUUUUGUUCAUAGAGUUGGUCGAACGGCAAGAGCUGGUAGGAGAGGUUGGGCAUAUUCAUUAAUAAUUCCUGAAGAGCUUCCUUAUUUACUAGAUCUCCAGCUGUUUCUCGGUCGUCGUUUGAUGAUAGGGUCAACAGCAAGUUCACAACCAGAUUAUACUUCUGACAUUAUUAUGGGCUGUUUCCCUACUGAUGCAUUGGACAUGGAUUUGGAGUGGGUUAAAGGCAAACUCACAGAAGUGAGUAAUAUUGAAGCGCUUAAUAACGUUGCAAAGAAUGGUUAUAAGCAAUAUUGCAAAUCCAGAUUGUCAGCAUCUUCGGAAAGUUAUAAAAGAGCCAAGGAGAUUAUGGCAUCAGAGAACUAUACCGAUGUGCAUUUUCUUUUUGCUGACAAGAUUGAUGAAAAAGAAAAGGACCGACAAAAUUUAAUUAGUUCGAUUUCUAGUUUCAGGCCGCAUGAGACUGUAUUUGAAAUCGGGAAUCGAGGAAACAAGAAAACAGCGCAAUUUAUGAGACAACGGCGAGAAAAUGUUUCAAAAUUAAUUGAAGCGCAUAAGCCUAUCCCAAAUAAAACAUUGAACGAGAAUGCAAAUUCUAUUGAAUUAUCCAAUUCGGAUGAUGAAAAAAAAGAUGAAACCGUUAUUAAAGAUUCCAAAAAGAGGAAAUCCAAUAAUGAUAAUUUCGGAAUUUCCAAAAAACAAAAGAAUGAUCGAUUCCGUGAUGAUGAAUUCUAUAUUCCCCAUUUUCAAAAAGAUGCAAAUACUGAAAAAGGAUAUUCUGUAAAUCAAGGCGUGUCAUUUGCUCAAGAAUCCAAGAAAGCUUUAAUAGAAACUCAAGCCGAUGAACAUAUUCCACAAAAUAAUAAAGCUAAAGCUUUGAGAUGGGACAGUAAAAAGAAAAAUUUUGUGAGAGGAAAUAAUAUAGGGUCAGAUAAUAAAAAACUUAUUACCACUGAAAGUGGAAUUAAAAUUCCCGCUACAUAUAAGAGUGGAAGAUUUAAAGAGUGGCAACAACAAAAUAAACUUCAAAUCCCACGUAUGGGAGAAAAGGAACUUCCUAAUAUAAAUAUAAAUGUGAAACAAUUUCGACAUAAUAAAAUUACAGCACCUAAACCUUUGGAUCCUUUAUCUAAAGAUUAUGAAAAGAAGCUCAAGAAAACAUCAAAAGCUGGUGAUCCGAAUGAUCAGGAAAAGAAUUAUAAUUUAUCAAUUAAAAAGAAAUUUAAUAAUGAAUUAAAAACGGCAGAUCAAAUUUAUAAACAGAGAAAAUUAAAAGAAAAACGAAAGGCAAAAAAUGGUAGAGUCAGCCGUAAAAAGAAAUCCAAGAAAUAAAUAUUAUUAUUUAAUUUUAUAUCAUUAAUAAAAAACACUAAAUUAUGCAUAUAGAUACAAUAUAUUUGACAUAAUUUAUAGUGAUGAAAAAGAAUCUAGUGGAAAGUGUAAUAACUGGAGUUCAGUUUGAAAUGAUUUUAAUUGAUUGUAAGAAUCAGGUUGAUAUUAGAUUCAGUAUAUUAAUUUGAUCAAAGUGAUCUUUGAUCUAGCGUUACGGCUCAUAAAACUAAUGAAUAAGCAUCGAUAAGAAAAAUCUAUUAAAAUAUAAAUAUAAAUCAUCCAUGAUUUUUUACAGUU